UCCACUCUGUUAGUCCUGACCCAUGCCCGACUGUGGCACUAGGGGUGCUGUGCUGCAGGGCCCAUGGCACAGGGCUCAGCAGGGGGCGCUCUCCCUGCAGACUCAGUGCUGGCCCCAGUGUCCCAGGGUGCUGCUAAAGGGUGCUGUAGCUGCUGGGAGCGGAGUGGGUUUCCCAGUAGGGGGCGCUCUCCCCUGGGAGUCAGCCCUGCCCCAAUAACCCAGCCGGGUGGUAGGUGCAGCUGCAGGUUACAUCUUUUGGAGAAGAGAAGACAAGGUUCUGAGUUAAACCGACUGAAAAUAUGAGCAGGAAACAAAAGGAGAGAAGCUGCCACAUUGGGGGUGUGUGUGAGAGUCACCCAGAAACCUGCUGGGAUUUCGCGGGGAGGGGAAGGUAUAUGCGAGACUCUUGCAAAGCAGGCGUCUGUGGUCAGAGAGUGCAAACCAGCCAUGUAGCAGGGCCGCAUGGAAGCUGGGGCAGAGGGCUUGUAUGUGCAGAAGCCUCGGGGUGGGAUCGCCCCAUUGCUGCACCGUACCAAGAUGGCAUUUGAGGUCCCUCUCGUGUCUGCAAACCACUUGGGUCAAGCCUGGAUUGCCCCAAGAGCUGCAGAUUCUAGAGUUUCUGCUUCCAAGCCCAGCUGGAACCCAGGAGUCCGAGACAGCAGGAGAUAAAGGAGAAGAAAAGAAAUCAGCCCGACACUUCUUUGUCUAGUUUGAACCAUGGUCUAAGAUUCAAACUUGCUCCCAAACUUGCCGUGAGGCCGUCGGUCCAUAGAGACACCGGACACCCCUGGAGAGGCUGGGGGAUGUGGUGUCCAGGUCUCCGUGGCUGAAGCCUCCUGUCCUGUGUGCAACUGCCCAGUUCUGGCAUCCCCUUGGGGCAGUCGGAAAGCGUCUCAGUGCCCUCGGGUCGGAAGAGCUGCCGUCUCCAUCUCGCCAAGGCACAGCGAUUCUCUCUGGGGGAAAGGCCAUUGCACAAGGAGCCACACCACAGAAUCGGAAGGACCUUGGAGCCCGAGAGCUUUCGUUGUCCUGAGGAACGUUUUGUUUGAUAGAUUCAAAGUGACUGUUGUGAUCACCUAGUCUCACCAGCUACGGAACCUGGGCCAUUGGACAGCCCUGAAUUCAUUCCUGCUAGAACCAGAGCAGAGUGUUUAGAAGAACAUCCCAUCUUGAUAUAAAAGCUGCCAGCAAUGGAGAAUCCACCACAACCCUUGCCUGCCUGCACCGCCCCAGCGAUGGGAGAGGGAGCUGGAGUCCAUUCUGCCCGGCUACAGCCUCGUGAGCGCCGCACUGCUGAGGUGUGACAGGGAAAAAGAGCUUGUCCAGAUUAGACUAGGUGGAGAUUUGCAGAUCCAGCCAUUUGGAAAUGGCCUUUACCGACAGAUGUGAAGAGCCCAGUGACCUUAUCUGUGAUGGGCAAAAGGACACACACCCAGUGAACAGACAGCAGUGUGGCCUCACCUGUCUCUUCCUCCCUAUCCUCUCCCUGCUCGGAUGUGCUCACGACAGCACCAGCCGCCCACCUCUGACAAAGUUACAGCUCUGUCUAACCGCUCAGUCCCAGGAUGGAGCCCUCUUCCUCAGUAUUUAGCUAUUUGUUAUUGCACUUGUUUGUUCUCUCCUUACAAGCUCAGGUAACUGUUCAGUCCCCACCUAAUUUUACACAGCAUGUGAGGGAUCAGAGCCUGGUGACGGAUCAGCUCAGCCGACGGCUCGUCCGCACCUACCAGCUGUACAGCCGGACCAGCGGGAAGCAUGUGCAAGUCCUGGACAACAAGAAAAUCAAUGCCAUGGCUGAGGACGGGGAUGCGCAUGCCAAGCUCAUCGUGGAGACGGACACCUUCGGGAGCCGCGUGCGUAUCAAAGGGGCCGAGACCGGGUUCUACAUCUGCAUGAACAAGAAGGGAAAGCUGAUUGGCAAGAGCAACGGCAAAGGCAAAGACUGUGUCUUCACGGAGAUCGUCCUGGAGAACAACUACACGGCGCUGCAGAACGCCAAGUACGAGGGCUGGUACAUGGCCUUCACCCGCAAGGGCCGGCCCCGCAAAGGCUCCAAGACGCGGCAGCACCAGCGCGAGGUGCACUUCAUGAAGAGGCUUCCCAAGGGCCACCAGACCACCGAGCCCCACAGGCGCUUUGAAUUCCUCAAUUACCCAUUCAACCGGAGAAGUAAAAGGACUCGAAACUCCAGCCCUCGGCAGGGCCCCUGACUUGCCCCGCCCCCUGCCUCCCAAGCCCCGCCCCCUUCUCUUCUGCGUAGACAUGUGCUGGACUGUGACUAGAGACUUUUUUUUAUACGGUUAUUAAAAAAGGGAAAAAAAGGAGGAAAAAAAAUGACCUGAUCUAGUUGUUUAUAAUUUUGUUUUGGUUUGUUUUUUACAAAAAGGAAAGAAAGAAAGGAAAGAGGCUCUAUUUUUGUACUCCAACUUUAAAAAGCAACGAAAUGUUCAAAGACUCGGGAAUGGGGAAGGCCCUUCACUUAGACCCGUUCUAGUCGGGUUGGGCUUGUGUUUUAGUUCUGUAGCUUUUGGGGAAAGGGGGCAAAAAAUCAUUUUCAAACAAACAAACAACAACAAAACCCCACCCCAGUCUGGGACCAAAGUGCUACUUAAACUAAAGCAACAGCUGCUUAUUGAAAAGAAAAAAAAGAUGAGAAAUAAAAGAGGUGGGGGAGGGAUUUGAAGACUAGGAACCAGGACUCCUGGGUUUUUUCCCAGCUUUACUCCGAUGCCUGUUGGGUUUCUGGUGGUAAUUGGGUUACCUACGGCUUUCCACUAUCAAUGUUCCACUAUCAAUAUUUCUUUAGCUGGACAAGGGGUGCUUUGAUACUGUUCUGAUCCCACAACACUGCUUCUUUUCCCAGAUCCCCAUCUUUCCACAGGAGGCUGGAGCAGAUGGGGGGAUAGAGAUGCCCCCAGGCAAAAUACUGAAUGGAGAUGGCCCCUCUGUUAACCAAAGGAACCUGGGAAUUUUCUCAAGCUGUGAUGGCAGGGCAGGGGGCAGUGACUGAAUUAGAGAGGGUUGGAUAACGGGGGUUUUGUCCCCAUGAAGUAUUGGGACUCUUCAUUGAAAACUGAAAAAAAAAAUUAGCUAAAACAAAAAUUCCAAAACCCAAAAAAUUUUCAGCAGUUUUUGGCUGAAUUUUUUAAAAAAUGUUCCAUUCUCAGGCCAAAUUUUUCAGGUUCCAGUCCUCCAACACAAAGAUGGAAUUGGUUUGAGGAAAGCUGCCAUUUUUAAUGACAAAUUUCAUUUUGUCAAAUGCCCAGUUUUUCUGUGGGGGGAAAAUAUUGAUGGAAAAAUUUCCAGCCAUCCUGGCUCUGAACCAAGCCGUAGGAGGAGGACUCUGCAAAGAUUGUGAAUGGGGAGAAAUAACAGAGACAUUCUAUCAAAGCCAGAACCCGGGUGGCUUCUCAGCCAAUCUUUUUGAUUGUUUUUAUUUCCUUGAGGGUUUUUUUUGUUGUGUACAAAUUUAAUAUGAAAUGAUUUGAAAUAUUUAUUU